AUGCUCUUUGACCGCGCCACUGCAAGCGACCUCAAACCAUGGCUAGUAAGGUCACUGGAGCCAAUCUGUGAUGCAGAGCCAGGGGCCCUCGCAGACUACAUUCUCGCGUUAUUGAAGCACAAUGCGCCCGAAAACGAGAUGCGGAAGGAGCUAGCAGGUCAAUUGGAGGAGUUCUUGGAGAAGGAAACUAGUGCUUUCGUUAAUACCCUCUUCACUGCACUACGGACGAAGUCCUACCUGCCCUACUCUGCCACUUCUCCCUCUUCAGGUUUCCCUUCUUCCAACGGCGACGCCGGCAUUCCCAUCCCAUUAGAUGCUCUCAUGGCACCCACAGGUCCCACUUCCCCAGAGCGAGGGCGCAAACGAAGUCUCGAAACAGACGAUCGCGAUUUUCGGCCACCAGCGAAAGGCCCGCGUUUAGACCGCGACGCACAAUUCUCGCGACAUGGCCGCAAUGAGGGUCAUCGGUCUUCGUGGGGUGGUCAGUCAGCGAGGAUGGGGUUGGCUGGGAGAGGCGACUUCAUGGAUGGUGGGAUGGGCAUGGGUUCGCAGAAUGGUCAGUCUCGAUAUCAACCACCUGGAGCCAUGAGAGGGAUAUGCCGCGACUACUUCAACAACGGGUAUUGUGCUCGCGGGGCUUACUGCAAGUACAGCCAUGGUGAAGACGCGGUUGUUCCCUCGCAACUGUUCCCGAUGAACGGCGGAGUGGGUGGAAUGCCCUUCAUGCCCAUGAUGGGUAAUGGGAUGGGCAACGUUGCUGGCGCGUCAAAUACGGCUUACGACCCUCACGAACGCAUCGACAUGCGACCAACUCAAGGGGCAGGUCCAUCUAUGGGCAACAGACCGAUGUAUCCUCGCGCGCCCAUGAUACCCAGAGAAGGGGACACAAACAAUCACAUGGCGAGGAAACCUGGGGAGCUGCCCGUUAUCCAAGACCUUACCCCACAUAGACCGCAGGAUGACAGACCGCAACCGCCUAGAGAUCAGGGCUCACGGGUGGACUCACCUAUGCAAGACAUCACCGCGGGCGCGAGGCCGAUGAACGGACCAAGUGCGCCGAAUGGGACCAAUGGGAUGGGCGGUCCCCAGGAUGUUGAUAUGGCAGGGCCGUCAAUACCGCACCAGCCCGCAGGCAUGCGGGGUGGUUUCCGAGGUGGACGGGGUGGCGGUCGCGGAGGACACGGUUUCUUCGGGGGAGACGUGCAGAGCUUUCGCCCUGAGAGGCGCAAUGACAAGACGCUUGUCGUGGAGAAGAUCCCAGAGGACAAGCUCAGUCUCGGGUCCGUUAACGAGUGGUUCAAACGUUUCGGGACAGUUACCAACGUUGCCGUCGACGCUGUCAGCGCGAAGGCGCUUGUCACGUUCUCCAACCACGAUGAGGCCUUGGCGGCAUGGAAGUCGGAAGACGCAGUCUUCAGCAACAGGUUCGUCAAGGUCUUCUGGCACCGACCCAUGGAGGGUCAUGGCCAGGUUGGUCAGCGCGCACUUGCCGCAUCUGCGACUUUCGUGGCAAAUCUAGCGGCGAAAGAGGCCUCUCCCGUUACACCCGCUUCAUCGGAAGCGUUGACCACUCAGCCCACGCCCUCCACCUCAACUCAAACACGAAAGCCCUCUACGACCCCUUCGUCAGCAGCGGCGGCACUAGCUGUGAAGCAAAAAUUACUGGAGCAGCAGAUCGCAGAGCAGAAGUCGCUCAUGGCGCAGCUCUCCACGGCCUCCGCAGACGAGAAGAAAAGCAUUAUGGCACGUCUGCGGAAGCUAGGCGAGGAGAUGAAGCCUUCAGCGUCGACACCACCUCCUGCCAGUACACCAUCUGCACCCGCCAUCAAGAAAGCCAGGAGUGCUACGCCGAGCGUGGAGGAUAAACUUCGAUUGGAGCGCGAGCGUCUCGACAAAGAACUGGAGUUGCACGCGGUUACCGCGACAGACGGCGAGGGUGAGGAGAAUACGGAGGAGCUGAAGGCGACGUUGGCCAAGCUCAAAGCGGAGGCUGCGAGCCUUGGUUUGUCAGAUGCCGCCGAGAGCUCGUAUUCUGGUAGCGCCUAUCGACCGUACCGGGGACGUGCGAGGGGCCGGGUCCUUCGCGGAGGCUAUCGUGGUGCCAUGCGUGGCGGUCCUCCGAGGGGCAGCAUGAAGCUCGAUCUACGACCGAAGAAGCUCCUACUGAAGGGCAUCAGUGGCGACAGCGUGCAAGCAGUUCGGGAUUGGUACGAGCCCGGUGGUCAAGUUGACUCUGUAGACACCACCGACGAUGGUGAUGCGAUAGUGAGCUUCAAGUCGCGUGCGGCUGCAGAGCAGGCAUUAGCGAAGGGCACGAGUAUUCCGCCGAUCGGCCAGGUCCAGAUCUCCUGGUACCAAGCUCCGCAACCGACUGCUGGGGCAUCGAAACCAGCUUCAGUUCCUCCUGAGGCGCCCUCCGUAGUCGAGGAGAAGACUGUGGUUGACGAGCGUCCUGGCUCACCGAGUUCUCCAGAGGACUCGCACAUGCACGAAGAGAUGGGUGCUGCGGGCUGGGGCGGCGAUGACGGGGAAGACGGAUUCGGGAUGCUUUGA